GCGUUUCAAAAACUACCGUCACGCACACCCACCGACUCAAACACUGCUGAGGCGCGUCAAAGCGUUUGGGUUCUUCUGCUGAAAUCCCAUUCGUGGAGUAUAACAGCCAUUCUGUCGUCCUUCACAUAUUCGAUCAAUGGCUUUCAUCAUGAUGAAGAAGAAGAGGUUCAAGUUUAAAGUUGAUGUGGAGCUGGAGGAGCUGUCAUCUGUCCCUUACGUGAAUGGAGUUCUGUUCUGCAAGGUUCGACUGACUGACGGAGGCUUUUCAGAUGAGUCUUCGAGAGAGCCAGUUCUGGUGAAUUGUGUUAAAUGGAAGAAAAGAUUCUCCUUCUUAUGUAAGAUGAGUGCUAAUGCAGGGACAGGGGUGUUGGAUCCAUGUGUUUUUCGGGUAUCUGUAAGAAAGGAGCUCAAAGGUGGGAAGACAUUUGCAAAGCUUGGGUUCGCAGAUUUAAACUUGGCUGAGUUUGCCGGUUCAGGAAGCACCACACGGCACUGCCUGUUGGAGGGAUACAACACCAAAAACACACGUCAGGACAACUCUAUACUGAAGGUGAUUAUCAGUAUGCAGCUGAUGUCAGGUGAUCCUUGCUUCAAAACGCCUCCAUCCACUGCAAUGACCAUUGGUUUUCCAGGAGAAAUAGAGACAUGUCUAGAUGAGGACAGAAGAGGAGAGACACAGAGUGCAGCUCAAAUCUGUACAGAAAACCUAAGAAAAAGUUGCUUCAGUCAUGGUUCUGUUCCAGAUGAACUGGGAAAGUGUGGUCACUCAAGAACAGCUAGUUAUGCCAGCCAGCAUUCCAAGUUUUCUGGCUACAGCACGGGUCAUUCACGCUCCUCCAGUCUGACGGAGCUCUCUCAUAGGAGGAACUUGUCUGUGGGCAGUGCCUCCACUGGGAUUGGCAGCCUACCAGAGCCCAGUGAGGACAGAGAGUCCCGCGCACAGGCCUGCACACCUUUACCCCAGCACUUAGCCACACCGUCCCACAGUGGGAUCACAGCCAACAGGCACCCUGUAAAACAGGACUCGGUUGAGUCUCAGCUAAAGCGAGUGGAUGCUACCAGAGUGGAUGCUGAUGAUAUCAUUGAGACAAUCCUACAGGGCCAAGACUUCAGCCGCAGCAUACUGGACUCCAGUAAUGAAGAGGAGGGUCUGCGACUAUUUGUUGGGCCAGGAGGCAGCACUGCACUGGGCUCUCAGCACACCAGGGUUGGUGCAGGAGCUUUUGAACAGGUGGUUAUAAAACGCUAGACUGAAUGUCCGUGGGGGAAGGUGAUGUAAUAUCCUGUGUCAAACGAGAGGACAGCAGUUGUCUUCGAUCACAAGUAGCAGUUCUAUACUGGGCUCCUGACACAUGGGCUCUAGGAAUUUGUGGAAUCACUGCUCCCCCUAGUGGUAAAGCUCUGAAGACAGACAGAAGCUCAAAGUAACAGGAAAUACUUGGAUUGGUAUUCUUUUACCAAAAAUAGAUAGUUAUGGUUCUCACAGACACUUUAAAAACAUUUGGAACCACUGGUGAAACUGAGAAGACGUGUUACAGAUUCAGGACUAUUUUUAAUAUAAAGAUCAGCUUUUUUAAAUCCACUGACAUGGACUGAUGCACUUUGGAUUGUCUGAUAUUUCCUUGGUUGGAUGCUGCUAAUUAAAUAAAUAUAUAUAUAUAUAUAUAUAUAUAUAUAUAUAUAUAUAUAUAUAUAUAUAUAUAUAUAUAUAUAUAUAUAUAUAUAUAUAUUUAAAGUAUACUAAUUUACUAGUGAUUUCAAGUGGACAACUUGAAAUCAUAGUUCUAUCUUUUUGUGAGACCAUGCAUAAUGGUCAAAUUAAAAUGUUACAGAUGUUCUGAUUUAAAAGAAAAUUGUAGAAAUAUACAGUAAACUGAUGACAGCUAAGAUGGUCUGUACUGUAGGUGGCUGUUGGUACAACACCCAGUCAAAGUGACCCACAAACGAGUGAAAGUGACCACAAGUUGCACAGGGAUGGAUUUUUUGUUGAAUUGCCAUAAUCCAAAUUCAUUUUACAGGCAUUCCUUUCCAGCUAAGGAGAGACAUAGUAGACCUAUUUAGGAUCUGUUUAAUGUUGUUGUGUUUUUUGAAACAGGUUUGUAAAUGUGGGAUAUUUUUUUUAUAGUUUAUUACUGCAAAAAUGUGUUUGCAAGAACAUGCCAAUUUUAAAGGCUAAUAAAAAAUGGCUGUUUAUCAAAUUUCAUAUAGUAUAUUCAUAUAAUAUAUUCAUAUUACAAAACUGUAAUAUUUUGAAGAAUGUAUAUAAGGCAAAAAGGUGAAUUUAAUUUAUGUGUUCAGGCUUUCUGAUAGCGACAACUGUCAAACUGAAAAUCUGAAGUCAAAGAAAUAAAGAUUUACGAUAUAUCUGAUGUUUCAAAUCAUAAAGGUCAUGAAGUAUAUACAUAAAUUCAACAUGCAAUAUGUGUGCUUCACUGUAAUAAGAUGCAUUUUAAGAAUACAUUUUGUUUUAUUGUGUUAUAUAAUUUAGGUAUAUGAUUUUGUGUUUUUAAUUUGUUGCUAACUUGCUAUGCUGGGUAGUUGUCUUUGCACAUCUGAAAUAAAUGUUAUAAUUGAG